AGCAAAGGGAAGGCAGCUGUGGGAUCCUGGCUGAGCUGAGUCCAGCAUCCUGCUUCCAGCUCCUGCACCAUGAAGAUCCUGUUCUGUGACCUCCUGCUGCUCAGCCUCUUCUCCAGCGCGUCCAGCAGCUGUCAGGAAGACUGUAUGACCUGCAGAGAGAAGCUCCGCCCAGCUCUUGACAGCUUCAACCUUGAGGUGUGCAUCCUCGAGUGUGAAGGGAAGGUUUUCUCCGGCCCUCUCUGGACUCCGUGCACCAAGGUCAUGGCAAGGGGCUCCUGGCAGCUCAGCCCUGCUGACCCAGAGCACGUGGCAGCUGCUCUUGACCAGCCAAGAGCCUCUGAGAUGCAGCAUCUGAAGAGAAUGCCCCGUGUCAGGAGCCUCUUCCAAGCUCAGAAAGGGACAGAGCCCGGCAUGGAGGAGGUGGGGGAGAUGGAGCAGAGGCAGCUGCAGAAGAGGUUCGGGGGUUUCACCGGAGCCCGGAAGUCGGCCCGGAAGCUGGCCAACCAGAAGCGGUUCAGUGAGUUUAUGAGGCAGUACCUGGUCCUGAGCUUGCGGUCCAGCCAGCGCCGGCGCACCCUGAACCAGAAUGGUAUCCGGGUGAUCCCCAAAUCAGCAUGUCUCCAGCCCCAGACCUGCCGGCUGGGAAUCAGGAUUCCUUCCUCCCCAAGGCCCUGAGGAAGGCCUUGUCUCCAGGCCUCCACCCCCAGGGCCCAGCCCCAUCUGGUUGUCUUCCCCUCCCCCCAUGGCAUGUUUCAUGACCACCCUGUUACUACAUCAGAGUGUAUUUUUGUAAUUCUUCCAGCUAACAUUUAAACAGCCCCAUCUUUCCUUCUCACCCGCCUCUUCCCUCUUCUAGGGGUGGGUUCAAGGAACAGGAAAUCAAGAGUGGGGUUUUGACUCGUCACUGCCAUAACUUGUUUGUAAAAGAGCUGUUCUUUUUGACCUAUUGUUUUAAACAGAUAUUUCUCCAUUAAACUUCUA